AUGUUUCCACCGCGGAAGACUGAGCUGACAGCACCGCAUGAGCAAACGCGUCCCACAUCGAACAUCUCCAGACGCCGCACCGAGACACCCUCACUUCCACGAAAGCCUGUGGACGAGUUCGAUGACGGUAUCGAUGAUGACGAGCUUGUGAAAGCCUCCUUGAAUGACCUUAACUUUGAUCACAUUGACAAUUACGCGAAUCCGACAGAUGCCAUCAUGCGGAAGAACGUAGCCAAGAAUACCGCAAAAAGCAAAGGCCGCAUCCAAGAGCCCUCUCAACCUCAAGAGCAAGAAGAUCGUGAACCUCGACAACUAGAGAACGGCAAAUGGGCGUGCAAACAUCUUUGUAAAGAUAAAAAUGCAUGCAAACACUUGUGCUGCAAGCAUGGGAUGGACAAGCCACCCAAGAAGACAACAUCCAAACGUGUUCCUUCUCAAGAAACUCAUAACAGCCAUGAUAUAUCGCUUUCUGAAGCUGCCAAGGGGAAAGACCAGAAGACUCAAAUCAAGCUACAGCUCACAGCCUCGAAGCGGAAGAGCUCGGCCAUGGUAGAGGAACUUGACUUGACCCAGCAAGAGAAGAAGAAGAAAGGUGACUACGCGAAGAAUGGCGUGAAAGACUUCAGGGAACUAGAAAAACUUCACAAGAGCGUUCAAAUGAAGGAUCCUCCGUCGUCUGUCUCGACGGUCAUGCACCAAAAACCUUCGUACUGCUAUGGUCAAGGCGGUACACCUGAUCUUUCGUUUCUUGGUAUCCAGAGCCCUCGCCCUUAUGGCCGGCUGGAUUCGGAAUUUUCAAGCGACUACGAUGUUCUGGGGUUUGAUGAUCUUUCGGCAGAUCUGAGAAAGUCAGCGUCCAGCCGUAUGACCUCUCGAGUGGCUCAGAUAUCGAAAGAAGAUAAAGAUGACAUUUCUAUGGGUACUGCCGCUGAUCAAACCAUCGCCAAUCAUAAGGUUGACCUGUUCGAUGAUGAUAAUUCAAUGAUUAGCGACAUCAUGUGGGGUGCGAUGGACUCUGAAGAUCUCAAAGGAGAGCCUGUCAACAACGAUGAUAUCGAAUCAAAACUGUUCGACCCAUAUCACCAUGAUGACUACGACCCUAAUAACCUGGAGGAUCAACCCUUGCCGACUGCUGAAUAUAAUUACGAUCAGGAGCCGACCGCCUUCAAACAAGAUACUUCCUCUCCCGCUAAAGUUCCUAUGAUGCCGCCGGAGAAAGGUCGAUCUCUCUUCUUGAACGAUUCGAGUAGUUCUCAGACGCCUUUUAGAGAUUUCAAAUCGGCCAAGCCCAUGCUGCAAGACUCCACAUUAGAGGGACCCGAGCACGAGCCCGAACAUGAAGAUGAGAAGCUUAUGAGAAGUAGCAAAUUCUUCGAGAAGAAAAAGGUUUCCCUCAAGGAAGUCAAACCUGAAGAUCCUGUGAAGGAAGAGGAAACUACUGUCAAUGGCGAACUUAUUCCAGAAGCCUACAAAGGUCUCGAGCCGUGGCUGUUCCAGGAGUUCGGUGACAUUGUGGAGAUCGUUGAUUGA